AUGGACGACAAUUCCUCUCCCGGCGGCGACAUGAGUGUUUCAGACGCCGGGCUCAACGCCAGCGACCUGAACCUUGGCGCCGCCUUCGGAGAUCUCGACACCCCGCUGGGCUACGCCGACCAGGCCUGCAAGGAGUGCCGCCGCCGCAAGUCAAAGUGCAACAAGGCCAUACCCACCUGCAACCUCUGCGUCAAAUACAGGAGACACUGCCUACAUCUCACCGAGGUCGAGGAGAGGCUGGAGAGGGCGGAGCACCUUGUGCGCCAGAUGCGCGCGGUGCUGCCGCCUCACCUGCUGCCCCGGAAGAAUGCGCCUCCUGGUCAGGGGCCCCGGCCCUCGUCCAGUGACCCGUCCUCGUCCUUUGACUUCAGCAGGAUUGAGCAGCCCGGCUCAUCUUCCCACUCCUCGGACAACGCCGAGGGACAGGCCCACAUAAAGCCCGAUCCAUCCGAGGAUGCGCCCUUUGACGCCGAGGCCACUCCUGGCUCGGCCGCAACGCCCGCCCCGCCGGCUGUCGAUGUGAAGCCCGCCGGCGACCAGGCCCAGGGCCCCCAGCGGGAACCCGGCCGCCUUGCACCCCACCGCGUGCCCCAGAGGGGCAUGUCCACCAUCCUGGAGAGCCCGCCGGCCACCGACGACUUCGAGUGGGAUGAGCAGGACAACAUGGUGAACGCCGCCUUCUCCCCGGACAUGAACGACCCCGACGACGCCGCCCUGGAUGGCAUGGCCUCGCUCACCGUGAGCGAGAAGGAGGGUGGCUAUCUCGGCGUGGCCUCCGGCGCCGCCUUCAUACGGCUGCUGGAGCCCAGCAUGAGGAGGAGGACCAUCCAGACCAGGUCGCGCCCGUCAAUGACCUCGUAUCCGUCCCUGACCAUGCAGCCGAACCCGAACCGCCAGAUCGCCGACAUCAUGAUCGACGCCUACUUCAAGCUCUUCCACCUCAACUACCCCAUCAUCCAUGAGCCGACGUUCCGGGCCCAGUUCUCCGAGAUCAUCCCACGGCCGCACGGGGACCCCUGGCUCGUGCUCGCCUACGUCGUGGCGGCCAUCGGUGUCUGGAGCUCCGCAAAGACCUCGGACAACCUCGACCUCACCCUCUUCGCGCAGGCCAGGUCCAUCCUGUCCUUCAACUUUCUGGAGCUCGGCAACCUGACCCUGGUCCAGGCGCUGACCUUGACCUCAAACUACCAGCAGAAGCGGGACAGGCCGAACUCGGCCUACAACUACCUGGGACUGGCCGUGAGGAUGGCGAUGGGCUUGGGCCUGCACAAGGAGUUUCAGGGGUGGAACAUCUCGCCGUUGAACAUGGAGAUCCGCCGUAGGGUCUGGUGGUCGCUCUGCGUGUUCGACUGCGGCGCCACCAUCACCUUCAGCAGGCCGCUUACAUGGCCCUUUGACGGUGUCGAAGUGUCCCUGCCAAGGAAUGUCCACGACAGAGAGCUAACCCCCAACUCGCUGAACUACCCCCCCGAGACGGACGACAUCACCCCCUACACUGCCGUGCGCACACAGGCAGCCUUCCACCUCGCCACCAAUUUCAUCUACACAAGAGUCAUCGGCAAGCCCCUGCCGAGCGCCGAGGAGCUUGUGGAGCUCGACAAGGAGCGCAUCGAGCCCUGGCUCAAGAGCGUGCCUCCCUACUUUGCCGAGUCCGCCAAGGUCCCGCCCAAGUACACGUUCGCGCAUGUCACCAUCAGCUGGCGCUACCGCAACUUCCGGAUCAUCAUGUACCGGCCGUUUGUCAUCCGAAAGGCCUUCCGGGCCCGAGACGGCCGGAACCUCGACGAGACCCCGGCCAGCCUGCACGCGUACAACACUUGCCUGGCCGAUGCCAAGUACUCCAUCCAGUCCAUCAGCAACUACUGGGUGAAUUGUGAGCAGGGGCGCAUGGCUGCAUGGUACGCCUUAUACUUUAUCUUCCAGGCAGCCCUGAUCCCAUGCAUAUGCCUCCGCAACCUGCCCCUGUCCGACCAGGCCGCCGACUGGCGCCAGCAGAUCACCAUGACCCUGCAGAUCAUCGCGGGCCUCGCACCCUUCAACGCGAGCGCACAGCGGUGCUACGGCGUCAUCGCCGAGCUGUGCGGGCGUUACCUGGACCAUGUGCCGCCGCCAUUCCCACAGGCAUCCGUGUACCCCAUGAUGUGGCCCAACGUACCGGCGUUUGAGGCGGCGGACCAGUUCAUGGACGACGCGUGGAUGGACUUCCUGGGCGCCGAGGGCGGGGCGACGCCGGACCGUGGCUGGUACGGACACUGA